UCGCCUGCGGCUGUCUCAGGCGGCUGAACCGCUGCUGGAGGCUAUGUGGAUGUAGUGUUCGCGGUUGUUUUAUUUGAUAGAGUCUCGCCUGAAUAGUAAAGCGGUGAGAUGUAGAAGAACACUUUACGCGUCUGUUUCUUUCUUUCUUUCCUUCUCGUUCCCGGUUGGUGCUCUUCUUCGAGCGGUUUCCAUGCGGACUGUCAUUCAGAAAUACUACACAACAUUUGGAGCGCUCACGUGUUUGACGCGGCUUGUGUGAUUUGUAUAUUUUUUAAAACACAUUUUGAUUCUUAGUUAUAGCGUAGUUGUGUAUGCUUUAUCCGCGUCGGUUUCAUUCACCAAAAACUUACUGUGACAGACGCGUGUUUUUUAAAUUACUCUCCGCUUGUUUCCUAAAGUCACUGGAAAGAAGGUGAAUAGCUUUUUUUUUCUUUCUUUCGUUCUUUUUUUGCGGAAUAACGGAACGGUAACAUACUGGGGAUUUCUCGUCAUUGCUGGCAAUUUAACAAUCGAAGCGGCUGAGUGUUUCUCUUCCUCAUUAGAAGAAAAGAUGGAGCUCCUCUGGGUCUGUGUGUUGCUGGAGAUGGUCCUGAUGUCCUCAGCUGUCAGGGGUCCACCCAAGGUGUCAGAGCGGGUGAACCAUCGGCAGAGCGUCCACCUGGGUCGUACUGUGAAGCUGCCGUGCCCUGUGGAGGGCGACCCACCUCCCCUUAUCAUGUGGACCAAAGACAACCGCAACAUCCACAGUGGCUGGACACGGUUCAAGGUGUCACAGCAGGGUCUACGUAUUAAAGAAGUGGAGACAGAUGAUGCAGGGACUUACAUCUGCAAGGCCACAAAUGGGUUUGGCAGUGUAAACAUCAACUUCACGCUUAUUGUUAUAGAUGACUCCAGCUCAAGAAAUGGAGCGGGGGCAGCCCACGGUCACUCGGAACAUACCCCAGAGCUCGCAGGAAAAAUGGUUCGCCCACGUUUCACUCAGCCAGCGAAGAUGAGGAAACGCGUCAUCGCACGGCCAGUCGGCAGCUCCGUGCGACUGAAAUGCAUGGCGAGCGGAAACCCCCGGCCCGACAUUGUUUGGUUGAAGGACAACAGGCCUCUGGUGGAUGACGAAAGUGGCGCAUCGGGGGAAGGGAAGAAGAAGAGGUGGACUCUGAGUCUGAGGAACCUCACACCGGAGCACAGCGGGAAGUACACCUGCCACGUCUCCAACAGAGCUGGAGAGAUUAACGCCACCUACAAAGUGGAAGUCAUACAGCGCACCAACUCUAAACCCAUCUUGACCGGUACUCAUCCUGUCAACACCACUGUGGACUACGGAGGAACCACGUCCUUCCAGUGUAAAGUCCGCAGUGAUGUCAAGCCGGUUAUCCAGUGGCUAAAAAGAGUUGAACCUGGUGACGAGAACAAAUUCAACUCCACCAUUGAGGUCGGAGACCAUCGCUUUGUGGUCCUGCCGACAGGAGAGGUGUGGUCGCGUCCUGAUGGAUCCUACCUCAACAAGCUGCUGAUAACCAGAGCCAAGGAGGAAGAUGCUGGCAUGUACAUCUGCCUGGGAGCCAAUACAAUGGGCUACAGCUUCAGAAGUGCUUACCUCACUGUGCUACCAGAUCGAAAGCCUCAACUCAACUCUGUCCCCAUAGCAACGUCCCCGAGCCUCCCCUGGCCCGUUAUUAUUGGAAUACCAUCGGGUGUUGCCUUCAUCUUAGGCACUGCCCUCCUCUGGUUCUGCCAGUCAAAACGCACCUGCUCUUCUUCUUCGUCCUCCUCCGCUCUCCCCGCUGCCCAGCGCCUUCCCUCCUCCUCAAAUCGAGACCGAGCCUGCCCAGCGCUCCCUCCUCAGCCAGCCAGCGGGGACAAAGAUUGUCUCUCUUAUGAGGACUACGUCGCCCAUCAGCAGCUGCUCCUCUCUCAAGGAGGCGCAGGGUUGGCUCCCAAGGUCUACCCGAAGGUCUACACGGACAUUCACACACACACGCACUCACAUGUGGAUGGAAAAGUGCACCAGCAUCAGCACAUUCACUACCAGUGUUAGCACGGUGGUGAGCAGCAGGCUUCGGUCGUUUCAGUUCAAAUCUUACACGGACAUGUUUCAGCGCAUGCAGACAAAUUCAUAACAGUCCACACUAGCUGCUGGAAUACCAAGGAAAGCACAUGCAAGAGACCAUGCGGAUUCAUACACAGAAACUCUGGAUCACGCAGCUCUGCUGCAGCCUCAUGUUGUGUGUACAUGGACUUAGUCAAGACAUGAACAAUGAAGAAUGUAAAGAAAGAAGGCCCUAAUUUUCAGUCUGGCAGCCAAUCCAGUGAAAUCAAUGAGAAAAGCCGACAUUGUAAUGAAACUUCUCAGUGUUUUCUCAACUGCCUUAUUUGAAGCCACAGAGAACUGUGCACUAUCGAGGUAAUUUAAAAAACAAUAUAUCAGUCUCUACUUGUUUAGUACUUUUUAGUACUUUUUACACAACCUCCUCAGUAACAGUAGAAAUACACUUUAUUUGGAUUACAACUCCUCAAAUAUAUAGUAGUUACUUAUGUAUAUAAACGAGUAUAUGGCAUUUAUCGUGCUGUUCCUCCUGGGUAAUCUAUAAAGAGCAGAAUAGCAUAUACAGUAUGUAAUGCAAUAGCUUAAUUUCAGAGUAUAUCUCAGGCAUCGGCCUAACUGAGCCAUGAAAUAACACUAAUCUACAGAAACUCCACAACCUCUGCAAGUAAAUGAGCUGAUGUUUGCCUCUGACGGCCGCUCCGCUCAAUGUCCAGCUGCUAUCCGGGGUCCUGCGGGGGGGUGGGGGAGGACGUCAAACUGUAAUACAGCUUGGAUUUCUUUUAGUCAAAGCUUUGGUGUGAUGUUUCAGAAAAGGUUGCAGAAGUCCAGGUAAAUAAACCUCCUCACAGGUUCUGUCAUUAGAAGUCCCUUUUUUUAUGGUGAAUGGAGGCAUAUCCUUUUUUAAUAUCAUCUCCUUUUGUGUGAUGCUUGGUUGACCUUUUUAGUAGAGAUCUGGAUGAAGGUUUUUUAUUCUUAAGCCACCAGCACAAAGGGAUCACCAACAAUGCCUUGACGUCAGGGGCUUUCUAGCAGUUUUUUCUACAUUUCAUGGAUCGGCGUUGGCUCUUUAUAUACGUCACAGAUUCUUGAGAGGGAUUUAUAGUGCUUAAAAUGUCUUCUUAAACACCUCACGCUGUGUGAUGUGAGGUAUGAUGGAAGAGGUUCUGUUCUACACCUGUUGCGCCUUGUUUUUUCAUCUAAAGAUGAAACGUUUUAGGACAAUACAAUAGAGUCAUCCACCGUUUGAUUAAGAAAAUGGAUGAUGUUAAUGCUAGUAAUAUAAUAUAUAAUGGUGGGAUCCAGUUUAAACACAUACAUACAUACAUACAUAAACUGAUAUCAGUGCUCACCAUAAUUAGGCAUAAUUAACUGAUUUGGAAAUCAACCAAAGCUCACGUCAGAAAUACAAUAUUUGCUAGGUUUAACACGCAUAAAAUCUAAAGAUUAUUAAUUAACCUACUAAAGCAUUUCUAAAAUCUCCAGUAAGGUUUUACCAUUUUUACUUUUUUGUUCAUGUAUUUGUGUAUCAGCACAUUUAAGCUCUCAAUGUUCCUGGUGGAUGUUUGAUAAAACCAUCCAGCCUAUAAAAAAAAACAGCUGCAGCAAACCUCAGUUCACAUCUACUUUCAACAGUUUCUCUUUUUUUUCUUUCUCAGGUGUCCAUCUUGUUGUUUCUGUGUGUGCUCAUGAAUCUGACCACUACAUAAAAACUGUGUAAAAUGAUAUGCUAAGAUAAGAUUUACGUUACAGCUGUUUUGCAUUACGGCGCUCGCUGAAAGUAUGGUUGAAACAGUGGGAGGGUGACUCUGUCCAGAGACGUUUAAGCAUAAAAAUAAUAAAUAAAUAAUGUGUAGAAAUGUAUUUAUGUGAAAUAUGAACGUUUGCCAUAGACAUGACUGUUUGUAUUAAGUCAGCAUUUCUCUCUGCAGCCCUUCCUCAGAAUACAGCAGUGAGAACUUUACAAGGUUGUGUUUAAAUAACCAUGUGACAGGAACUGAUAUAUUGAAAUCAUCUGGUGACUUCAGUGCUUGCCCUCCACCAUUUAUUUUUGCACAUAAAUCUUUAAAUUUAAGAAGGACAAUUUACAAGUGUAUUUUUAUAGAGAAUUCUCACAUUUCUGUUGGUAUUUACGUACUAGUCCCUGAUGUGUUAUCUGCACAGAAAACUGAGAGAUGAGAGAUUCACACCUUUAAGUGAUAUUUAAGUCAAAGAGAAUUCAUGUUUAUUCACUGAUUCUACUUUACAACCAUAUAACAACUCACAGAUAUUCUGAUACAUUAUUUGAUCAUACGUUCUCCUCUUACCUUCUGUGUAAACCUAAAUUAAACAGGCUAUUGCAGAGAAAAUGUGUUACUCUGCUGCCUAAAUGACUGUGAUACAGUUCCAAAGAGAGUUCAUUGAAAUGCCUCAGCUUUGACUCAGACUAGCAUUUGAAAUAUUUCAUUUCUCUCUCGUGGAGAUGUUUUCCUCGUCCUCCCCGUCUCAUCUCUUUUGAAACAUCUGCUGACAAAGUCGCCCGGAACAAUAGCUGAGCUGUGUACAUAUUACUACAUUAAAAAUGUCCUUCCUGUAUUGGAAGCAGCGUGAAAACAAACAUUUUCUGUAGCCUCUGUUACUUAAUGUUCUUAUCGUUUCAAAGCUAAUAAACUGCCAACAGACAGACUGUGUAUAUGUGCACUUACCACUAGUAUGUACAUGGAAUGCCAUUAGUGUUGAAACUAUAGAAAAUGCUAGAUGAUUUAGUGAGAGUGCUUCGGACCAUACAGUUGCAACACAUUGGCCCACACAACAUCAUAAAUGCGAAAUUGUCUUGAGAUUUUUUUUAAAAAAAAAGUGUGUUUCUAAUUUAUUUUCUUUUUGACAUGUUUAUAUUUUUUCUUUUCAUAUAAUUGGGCAUUAUACUGCAUGAAUGGACUUUGUGUUAUAGUCAUAAUGUAAGCUAUGUAGCAGAUACCAUGGUUCAUGUCAAUGUAAGAUAGUGUAUUUAUACGUUCUGACAAAAUAUACAAAAUUAUAUCGAUAA